AUGAUAGAACAACACAUAACUGAAGAAUUUUUCGGCGUUCCUGAGAGCAAUAACUCACGAGAGAGUUAUGUUGAGGGUGUGGAUCCCCAACCACCUGCGGAUGUGUUUUCCCAUGAAAUUACCGAGUCAGUGAAUGUCUUGGUGAAUGACGGAUCAAGUGUAGGCUCUUAUACACUUGAUCUGGUUACGCCCCCGAAGUCAUAUUCGGAGGUGGUCAAGUUGCCAACGCUAGAAUAUAAAAGAUUCUUGCGAGAUCUGCGUAGUGACAAGACCAAGCAGAUCUGCGUACUCGUCACAGAGGACGAGUACGUCGCCGAUAUUCGGUCGGCACGAGUAAUUACUGAGAACGAACGGGUUCUCAGUAGCUUAUCGACGGGCGACGGUGUCCUCAUUGAGUAG